AUGACAUUAAAAUCUAAUUGUAAUAUUAUAUCUGACGAUGAAAAUUGUCGUGAUAGUUUUUUGUCAGAUUGUGAUUUUGAUUUGAGUUCACAAUCCAAAAAUCCAAAGGAGAGACGUACAAUAUCAGCAUUAAAUCAUUUAUCUAUUAAUCAAAAUGAACCACAAACGAGAAGAUCAAAAACAAACACUUUUGAAAAACAAAUGUUCAUUCCGCAAAUAGUACAAAAAGAACAGCAUCAAUCACCAAGCCGAGAGGGUAUUGAUUCAUAUAUUGGUAUGACGAAACUAUUGACAAAUUCAACUCUAUGUUCAAAAAAAGACCUAGCAGAUAAUCAUUAUCAAGAUUUGCCAUUUGAUGGUAUUAAUAAAUUGACUGAUUGGUUUCAAAAUUGUACUUUGAAUGAAAACAAAUUUAGUAAAAGUUGUUUUUGGUCAAAUCAUAAGACAAAUAAUCAAGAUGUAUAUUCAAUAGAUUCACCAUUAUCAAAUGUUUCAUGUAAUUCAAAUCCAUUUUUAAAAUCCCAUUCUCCAUCUUUGCUGGUUCAAUCAUCCUCAACUAAAACGUUUUUUGAUCAAGAUAAAUUAUGGUCUCGUUUUCAUUUUACUUCUGCAACUAUUGGACAUGAUUUAUCAAUUGAACAUUUGAACUCUGCAUCAUCAGAUCUAUUCUGUACUCCAACUAAACAAUGUUCUGGCCAAUCUUCAAUGUUAUCAUUUUCACCUUUACAAGUAGUGCCAUAUUCAUUAAAAAAACCUACACCAUUAACAAAACAAGAAUCAUCGUCUCCACUAUUAACACAAUGUCAAUUUACCGAAUCGGAAAUUUCAAAUAAAAAAGAAGAGAUAACUGUUCGACAACAAUCAUCGUCGAAAAUCUUCUUUACUUUAAUAAUAUUUGCCAUUGGUCUUGUGCUUGGUUAUUUAUUAAAAAAAUCAUUUUCGCCUUACCUUAUACUUACUUGGAUUUAUGUUAUUUGCGAAAAAUUUAUUCAAAUAAGCAUAGGAUACUUCUAUCUAUUAUAUAUUCAUCUACAAAAAGUUAUGAAAUACUUUUUGUCAUUGAUAUUCAUUUAA